AUGGGUGACUUUAAUGCUAAAAUUGGCUCAGGGACUGCACGUUCCCUUUCUCAAUGGUUCUUUUGCGGACAGCAGCUUGAUGACGGUCUGGUGUCACCUGUUGCACAUGACAAUCCUUUACCGGGCAAGGGAUUCCUACCAAAAGGCAACAACAAAACUAAACCCCCGCUGGAUGCUAAGCCAGGAUUUCUAGGCCCCUGGAAAGUUGAAGAAAGUGAAGAUUGCCUUCAAUUUGAACUCAGAACCUUACAGACCAGUCAAGGUGCGAGAAAAAAUGCAGCUACAAAGGCAAUCCCGGCAACAGAAAAAAAGAAACUUUAUCAAGCUAACUCCACCCAGACCUCUAAGAAAAUGCUUCGAAAAAAGUCAAGUUUCAAAAUACAACAACGUGCAAUUACAUCGACAACCAUUGAUCAAUCAAGAACCAGUGCCACAAGAACAAGUGCCACAAACAACUACUGGACAAUCAAUAACCAUAAUGCCACAAUCACUGAACAAUCAAAAAUCACAGUGCCACUAACAAUCGUUGAACAAUCAAUAACCAAAAUGCCCCCAGCAACCACAUGCUACCAACAAUCAACUGAACAGUCUACAACUACAGUGCCACCAAAAUUCACUGAACAAUCAAUAACCACAGUGCUACCAAUAAUUCUGGAACAAUUAGUAACCGCAGUGACACCAACAACCACUGAAAUAUCCAUAACCACAGUGCCACAAACAACCAUUCUUCAAUCAAUGUCCACAGUGCUACCAACAACCACUGUCCAAUCAAUAACUACAGUGCCACCAACAACCACUGAUCAAUCAAUAACCAAAGUGCCACAAACAACCACUGAACCAACAACCACAGUGCCACUAACAACUCCUUAA